AUGGCGUCGAAGGAGAGCCAUCUGACAGCCACGCUCCUGACCUCCAUCCUGGCGGCGGUGCUCGGCUCCCUGCAGAUCGGCUACCACACGGGCAACGUCAACGCUCCAGCCAAGAUCAUUGAAGAGUUUUUCAACCACACAUGGAGAGUCAGGCACAACCAGACGAUGCCAGAUCACAGCCUGACUUUCCUGUGGUCGCUCUCCGUCAGCAUUAAGGACUUCGGAGCCCUGCUGGGAUCGCUGGGAGUCAAAUACCUGGCAGAUUCUUACGGAAGACGAAACUCCAUCCUCAUAGUGAACGGCCUCUCUGUCGUGGGAGCGUGUCUGAUGACUGCCUCCAAAGCCUGCCAGUCAUUUGAGGUUCUCAUCCUGGGACGGUUGGUGUUCGGCCUCUUCUGCGGCCUGGUGAUGAGUCUCAAUCCGCUCUACAUCCAGGAAGUGUCCCCCACUAGCCUGAGAGGGGCCUUCGCUACACUCAACCAGGUGUCCUUUGCCAUGGGCAUCCUGUUGGGAAUGGUGGCUGGUCUGGAGACAGUGCUGGGUACGGAGCAUUACUGGGCCAUGAUGCUGUCCCUGUCUGUCAUUCCGGCCCUGAUGCAGUACCUGGUCCUGCCUUUCUGUCCCGAGAGCCCUCGCUACCUGCUCAUCAACCGGGGAGAGGGGAGCAAAGCCGAGGCUGCUCUGCUGAGGCUGAGAGGACGCUCAGACAAGGUGUUCGCUGAGCUGGAAGAGAUGAAGGAGGAGGCCGCCCACACUCAGACCGGCGUCACCAUCCACGAGUUCUUCAAGAAGCGCCGUUACAGGCAGCCAAUCAUCAUCGUCCUCGUCAUCAACUUGGGCAGCCAGCUGUCCGGUUUCAACGCGAUCAUCAAUUAUUCCACGAGAAUGUUCCAGGCAAAGUUUGAUCAGGCCAAAUACCUGACUCUGGGCGUCGGGGCCGUCAACGUGACCUUCACUUUGGUGGCAUUCUUCCUGAUGGAAAGGGCGGGAAGGAGGAGAUUGCUCCUGACUGGAUUCAUCUCCAUAGCAGUGUGUAACUUACUGAUGACCAUAGUGGAUUCUGUCCUGCACCUGGUCCCAGAGCUGCGGAGCCUGCAGGUCCUGCUGGUUUUCUGCCUGAUUUCGGCUUACGAGCUGGGCCCCGGCCCCAUCUCAUGGUUCAUCGCUGCGGAGCUGUUCGACCAGCCCGUCAGGCCCAUCGCCAUGGCCUUCACCAGUAUGCUCAACUGGGGCGGGAAGUUUGUUCUGGCACUCCUCUUCCCUCCAUUACUGAAAAUCUGCGGUGCGUACGUCUACCUCCUCUUUAUGACCGUGGCUCUGGUCGCCUUCACCUUCACCUGGGUCCGCCUCCCGGAGACGAAAGGACGCACGUUCGAUGACAUCGCGGAGGAGUUCAGAGGAGCGGAGGGCAUCCCUCUGCACAAUAAGACCGGAUUCAACACUUUCCCCUGA